CAGCUGAUGGGAAGCUAAAGCAGAGACAGAGGAGGUGCAACACUAUCUGUAACAACUACAACACUGGAAUAAAUAGUGAAUGGUAGUGUCUAGAAAGGGUAUGUCCCUUCAGGAGAGCGGUGCCUAUGUCCGACCGGCCUAAUUCCAAUCCAGGGGGGUCACUGCGCCGUUCACAGAGGAACACUGCUGCGGCCCAGCCACAGGACCACGCAGUCGCAGGAAGAAGCGGCCUUUCCCUGGCGCUGGCCUCAGCUGAGCUGAAAGAGGACCCAGGCGACGGCGGGACAGCAGAGGGAGACAAACCAAGACCGGCGUCCAGGAGAGGGGGUGCCCGAGGGCUGAAGCGCAGCGCGGCUCUGGAACACAGCAGCUCCUCCUCCCCCAGCCCCGCGAAAAAGCCCAAAGCCCCCCCGCCGCCCCAGAGCUCCUCCGAGGCCGGGGAGAGCGGAGCGUCGCCGGAGCGGCCGGGCAGCGGCAGCCGGGUCCCGGGCAGGAGCGGCGGAGGCGCCGGGGGGAGGAAGGCCGACCGGGCCUCCAGCGCGAGUCGCGCGGCAGGGUCCCUCCUCGCCCGCGCCGACGGCAGCUCGGCCAAACCCACCAAGCUGGCGUCUAAACCGGCCAAAGCUGGGUGCAGCACCGUGACGGACGCCGCCUCUUCCGCCUCCACCGCCACCUCCUCCUCCUCCUCCUCCUCGUCCUCCUCCUCCGCCGCAGCCCUCCCGGGCGCCGGGCUCAAGCCGGGCAGAGAGCACCUGAAGGCGCCACGCUCCCGCUCCGCCUCCAGCCCCAGCCCCCGCCGCAGCGGCCGGGACAGGGAGCAGGCCAAGGCCGCCGGUUCCUCCAAGUUCGAGUGGGCGGCCCGGUUCAGCCCCAAAGUCAACCUGCCAAAGCCCAGACUGUCCCUGCCCGGGUCCUCCAAGGCCGACUCCUCCAAACCAGGCCCCUCCGGACUGCAGGCCAAACUUGCAAGCUUUAGGAAGGCCAGUAAGAAGCACAGCGAGUGCCCCGGAGUAGAGCCCCCUCCAGUGGAGGCCCAUAGCUGUCGAAGGAGCACACGACAGAGGACCACGGGUUCCUGUGCCAGCACCAGUCGGCGAGGCUCUGGCCUGGGCAAGCGUGGGGCAGCCGACGCUCGCACGCAGGAGAAAAUGGCCGACUCGGACAACAACCUGGACGGAGCCAACGCCUCCGGCACAGCCCGCAGCGACGAGGCCUCGCAGAGAGUGGCAGCCUCUGGCUCUGUGGCAGGUGCAGUGGGCGUGACCGCCUCUGGGGAGAGCGAAUCGGAUGACUCCGAGAUGGGCCGGCUUCAAGCCCUCCUGGAGGCCAGGGGCCUCCCCCCUCACCUCUUUGGGCCCCUGGGGCCCCGCAUGUCUCAGCUGUUCCACAGGACAAUUGGGAGUGGAGCUAGCUCUAAGGCCCAGCAGCUGCUGCAGGGGCUCCAGGCCACGGGGGACGAGUCCCAGCAGCUCCAGGCCGCCAUAGAGAUGUGCCAGCUGCUGGUGAUGGGCAACGAGGAGACGCUGGGGGGCUUCCCUGUGAAGAGCGUGGUGCCCGCGCUGAUCACGCUGUUACAGAUGGAGCAUAACUUCGAUAUUAUGAACCACGCCUCGCGGGCCCUCACCUACAUGAUGGAGGCCCUGCCGCGCUCCUCCGCCGUCGUCGUGGACGCCAUUCCCGUCUUCCUGGAAAAGUUGCAGGUGAUCCAGUUCAUUGAUGUUGCCGAACAGGCACUCACCGCCCUGGAGAUGCUGUCACGGCGACACAGCAAAGCCAUCCUGCAGGCGGGGGGGCUGGCGGACUGCCUGCUGUACCUGGAGUUCUUCAGCAUCAACGCCCAGCGGAACGCCCUGGCGAUCGCCGCCAACUGCUGUCAGAGCAUCACGCCCGACGAGUUCCACUUCGUCUCCGACUCUCUGCCCCUGCUGACACAGAGGCUCACGCACCAGGAUAAGAAGUCUGUGGAAAGCACCUGCCUCUGUUUCGCCAGACUGGUGGACAACUUCCAGCACGAGGAGAGCCUGCUGCAGCAGGUGGCCUCCCGGGACCUGCUGACGAACAUCCAGCAGCUGCUGGUGGUGACCCCACCCGUGCUGAGCUCCGGAAUGUUCAUCAUGGUGGUGCGCAUGCUGUCCCUCAUGUGCUCCAACUGCCCCUGCCUGGCUGUGCAGCUCAUGAAGCAGAUGUGUGUGUUGCCUGCAGACAUAGCGGAGACGCUGCAUUUCCUCUUGUGUGGCGCGUCGAGCGGCAGCUGUCAGGAUCAGUUCGACCUGCUUCCCAGGAGCCCUCAGGAGCUGUAUGAGCUGACGUCGCUCAUCUGCCAGCUGAUGCCCUGCCUGCCCAGAGACGGCAUCUUUGCGGUGGACACCAUGCUGAAAAAGGGAAGCGCCCAGACCAGCGAAGGGGCCAUCUGGCAGUGGCGGGACGACCGCGGCCUCUGGCACCCGUACAACCGCAUCGACAGCCGCAUCAUCGAGACGGCGCACCAGAGCGGGGAGGAGGAGAUCAGUCUGUCCCUCGGACGGGUGUACACCAUCGACUUCAACUCUAUGCAGCAGAUCAACGAGGACACAGGGACUGCCCGCGCCAUCCAGAGAAAGCCACACCCCUUAUCCAGCACCAGCACCAGCGGGCACGUGGAGGUGAGGAGGGAGGACGCGCGGGCGCAGCUGAUGAAGGAGGACCCGGAGCUGGCCCGCUGCUUCAUAAAGACGCUGUUCGGGGUGCUGUACGAGGUGUACAGCUCCUCCGCCGGCCCGGCCGUCAGACACAAGUGCCUUAGAGCCAUCCUGAGGAUCAUCUACUUCUCCGACGCCCAGCUGCUCAGGGACGUGCUGAAGAACCACGCCGUGUCCAGCCACAUCGCCUCCAUGCUGUCCAGUCAGGACCUGAGGAUUGUAGUGGGAGCUCUGCAGAUGGCUGAGAUCCUGAUGCAGAAGCUGGCAGAUGUGUUCAGCAUAUACUUCAGAAGAGAAGGUGUGAUGCACCAAGUGAAGAACCUGGCUGAGUCAGAAACCUUCCUCACCAGCCCUCCAAAGGCGUGUAUGAGCGGGACAUCCAGUCUCUGCACGACAACCAUCAGCAUGGUAACCACUGCCACGGCAACCCACGCCACGCCCGACCUGGGCUCCCCGAGCUUCCAGCACAGCAUGGACGACUCGCUGGACCUGAGCCCACAGGGGCGGCUCAGUGACGCUCUGAAGAGGAAACGGCUCCCAAAGCGAGGACCCAGAAGGCCCAAGUACUCCCCACCACGGGACGACGACAAAGUGGACAAUCAUGCUAAGAGCCCCACUAGCACUCAGUCUCCUAAAUCCUCCUUCCUGGCGAGUCUGAACCCCAAGUCGUGGGGCAGGCUGGGCGCCCAGACCAACAGUGCCAGCUCGGAGCCUUCCCGCACGGCGGGCGUGAGCGGGCUGGCACGCGCCCUGCCCAAGGACUCCAUCUCCAACAACAGGGAAAAGAUCAAAGCCUGGAUCAAGGAGCAGGCCGGCAGGUUCGUGGAGCGCUACUUCAGCUCAGAGAACAUGAACGGAAGCAAUCCUGCCCUGAAUGUUCUGCAGAGACUGUGCAGCGCCACAGAGAGACUCACCCUGCAGGUGGAUGGAGGGAUCGAGUGCCUUGUUGAGAUCUGCAGCAUCAUGUCGGAGUCAGACGUCUCCUCGUUCGAGAUCCAGCACAGCGGGCUGGUCAGGCAGCUGCUCCUAUACCUGACCUCCAACUGCGAGACGGAUGCCGUGAGCCGGGACGUGCGGCUCAAGAGGUUCCUGCACGUCUUCUCCGGCUGCCCGGUCCCAGGGGCGGAGCCUGUGGGUCAUUUGGAACCCUCUGAAAGCAGCCCGCUGCUGGCGCUGGUGCAGAAGAUGAACAGCUGCCUAAGUCAGAUGGAGCAGUUCCCGGUCAAAGUGCACGAUUUCCCCAGUGGCAACGGCACUGGGAGCAGAGGCUCCCAGGCUCUGAAGUUCUUUAACACUCACCAGCUCAAGUGCCAGCUGCAGAGGCAUCCAGACUGUACCAGUGUCAAGCAGUGGAAGGGGGGCACAGUCAAGAUCGACCCGCUGGCAUUGGUGCAGGCCAUCGAGAGAUACCUGGUUGUCAGAGGUUACGGCCGCAUUCGAGAAGAGGACCAAGACAGCGAGGAGGAGGGUUCAGACGAUGAAAUAGAUGAAUCUCUGGCUGCGCAGUUCCUGAACACGAGCAGCGUGAGGCACAGGCUGCAGUUCUUCAUGGGGGAGCACCCGCUGCCGUAUAACAUGACAGUGUACCAGGCCGUCAGACAGUUCAGCCUGCAGGCAGAGGAGGAGAGGGAGUCUACCGACGACGAGGCCAACCCGCUCGGUCGGGCCGGCAUCUGGACCAAGACCCACACCAUAUGGUAUAAGCCAGUGAGAGAGGAUGAAGAGGCUGGUAGGGAUGCAGUGGGAGGGAAGAGAGGUCGGGCGCAGUCCGCCCCCACCAAAACCUCGCCCCGCAAUGCCAAAAAACACGAUGAGCUGUGGCACGACGGCACGUGUCCCAGCGUGAUGAACCCUUUAGAGAUGUGCCUCGUUUCGGAGCCGCCGGAGAGCAUGACCUUCGACGACCCGUCCCGGGACGUCAGCCUGCUGCUCAGGGUCCUGCACUCCAUCAGCAGAUACUGGUUCCACCUCUAUGACAAUGCUGUUUGUAAGGAGAUUAUCCCCACCAGCGAGUUCAUCAACAGCAAACUGACCGCCAAAGCCAACCGGCAGCUGCAGGACCCGCUGGUCAUCAUGACCGGGAACAUCCCCUGCUGGCUCAUUGAGCUUGGCAAGACCUGUCCCUUCUUCUUCCCUUUUGACACGAGGCAGAUGCUCUUCUACGUCACGGCGUUCGACCGCGACCGCGCCAUGCAGCGGCUCCUGGACACCAACCCCGAGAUCAACCAGUCGGACUCGCAGGACAGCCGGGUGGCGCCGCGGCUCGACAGGAAGAAGCGCACCGUAAACCGGGAGGAUCUGCUGAAGCAGGCGGAGACGGUCAUGCAGGACCUGGGCAGCUCCAGAGCCAUGCUGGAGAUACAGUAUGAGAAUGAGGUGGGAACUGGGCUCGGCCCAACUCUCGAGUUCUAUGCACUCGUGUCUCAGGAGCUGCAGAGGGCUGACCUGGGCCUGUGGAGGGGAGAGGAGGUCUCCCUGCCAAACCCGAAAGGAGGCCAGGAGGGGACCAGGUACAUGUUCAGCUCGAGAGGUCUGUUUGCACUUCCUUUUGGCAGGACGACCAAACCAGCACACAUUGCCAAGGUGAAGAUGAAGUUCCGCUUCCUGGGCAAGCUCAUGGCCAAAUCCAUCAUGGACUUCAGACUGCUGGACCUGCCCCUCGGGCUGCCCUUCCACAAGUGGCUGCUGCGUCAGGAGGCGUCCAUCGGCUCCCAUGACCUGGUGAACAUCGACCCCGUGGUGGCCGCGUCCAUCCACCACCUGGAGGACAUCGUCCGGCAGAAGAAGCGGCUGGAGCAGGACCGGUCCCACACGCGGGAGACCCUGCAGCAGGCUCUGGAGGGCCUCAGCAUGAACGGCUGCUCCGUGGAGGACCUGGGGCUGGACUUCACGCUGCCGGGGUUCCCCAACAUCGAGCUGAAGAAGGGGGGCAAGGACGUCCCCGUCACCAUCCACAACCUGGAGGAGUACCUCAGACUGGUGGUGUUCUGGACACUGAACGAAGGCGUGUCCCGGCAGUUUGAGUCAUUGAGGGAAGGGUUCGAAUCGGUCUUCCCCCUGCAUCACCUGCAGUACUUCUACCCUGAGGAGAUGGAUCAGUUGCUGUGUGGUAGCAGAGUAGAGGCCUGGGAUGUGAAGACUCUAAUGGAGUGCUGCAGACCAGACCACGGCUACACUCAUGACAGUCGGGCGGUGAGGUUCCUGUUUGAGGUUCUCAGCAGUUUUGAUCCGGAGCAGCAGAGGUAUUUCCUGCAGUUCGUCACCGGGAGUCCCAGACUGCCUGUUGGAGGCUUCCGGAGCCUGAACCCGCCGCUGACCGUUGUGCGCAAGACGUUCGAGUCGACGGAGAACCCGGACGACUUCCUGCCCUCGGUCAUGACCUGCGUCAACUACCUGAAGCUGCCGGACUACUCCAGCGUGGAGAUCAUGCGGCACAGGCUGCAGACGGCGGUCCGCGAGGGACAGCAGUCCUUCCACCUGUCCUGAUCUCACCGGCCCCCUUCAGGGUCCCCAGCAGCAGCAGCAGCAGCAACAGCAGCCCUCUGUUUCCCAAUCACCCACAGUGUGAGACACUGUGCGCAGCCUUAGAGAAUCCAGCCUGCUGAAUCUAAAGACACUAUAAAUGUAUGAAUAUAUCUGCUGCCCCCCCCCCCCCCCCUUUUACUCCCACAAACGGACACUUUUCACGACCCGCGGAAUUCAGACAAAUAUCUUCAGUUGAGUAAUGUUUAAAAAAAAAAAACGGAGGGAAAAGAACCUGGGUGACUAUUUUAAAUUUGCUUUGCUAUGAGA